AUGGGAAGACGAAGAAGAAAGAAAAAAAACGAGAGAAUAAAGACUACCCAAUAUAAGAAUGAGCAAAUUUACCCUUCCAAAAAUCAAAUCGAUGGCAAACAUUUAAUAAAUUUAAGCGAAAAUGAUAUUUUAUCUUUAACAAAAAACAGUGACCUAUGGUUACAAAUCAAAACGCUUCAAAACUCAACUACGCUUCAACUCGAACCUAAUGUUCUGAAUUCUGAUACAUCUUAUGAUCAAAUCGAAGACUAUCUAUCAACGAAUUGCUGUUUGAUAACUUCUAUUCGGUCGGAUAGGAAGAAAACUUUAUUAGCCUUUUUCAUGCUUUUAAUUACAAUAUUUUUCUCAUCAUUUGUGAUUACUGUCGUUGAUGAACGUUUACCUGAUCCGAAAACAUUUCCGCCGUUACCUGAUCUUAUCUUGGAAAAUAUCGAAGAGAUACCGUGGGCAUUUGCUGUAACAGAAAAACUUAUCGUUUUAGAGAUACUGACACUUAUCACCGUUAUUGUGUUACAUCGACAUCGGAUUAUUAUUAUUCGUCGAUUGUUUUCAAUUGUCUCAGUUCUUUAUUUUCUUCGAAGUUGUACAAUGCUUCUUACAUCGUUACCCGUCGCUACUCGAGUGACAGAUUGCCAACCCAAGCGAUUGGAGACUUUUACAGCACGAUUAAAUAAAGCCAUGUUCAUUUUUAUCGGCCAAGGAAUGUCCUCGUUCGGCGUGAAAACCUGUGGAGAUUAUCUAUACAGUGGACAUACAUGUACUCUCAUAUUAGCUGCCCAUUUUAUCAACGAAUAUACUCCACGUUCAUACCAUCUGCUUCAUUUUCUCAGCUGGAUCACUGCUUUCACUGGCAUGUUCUUCAUCUUGGCUGGUCAUCAACACUAUUCAAUUGAUAUCCUCAUAGCUUGGGUGUUAAGUUCUCGGCUAUUUAUUUACUAUCAUACUCUUGCGAACAAUCGAAUAUUUCUGCAACGAGAUAUCCGACGAAUGCGUUUAUGGUUUCCAUUUUUUUCCUACUUUGAAGAGAAUGUGAAGAUAGCUAUUCCUAACGAAUACUGUUUUCCCAAAUGUUUUUCGGACGUACGAGCAACAAUCAGUAAUUGGGCAGAAACCAUCCGUUACCUGAUUUAUUGGUUUAUACUCUUCUUCUUUAUUACUGUUACUUAUUGUCUUUCGUCGUCGAAAAAAAUGAAUUUGUCAUGGUUGAUACAACGAUAA